UCCGAAAAUUUGAAUUUCUACCACUUCUACCACGCAAGCUUAAAAAUCUACCACUUUUUUCAACUUUUGAAGAAGUCAAUCUUUUUCACACACUAUUUUCCAAAAUAUUAUUAUAUGUUAUGAAUUACAAUAUUAUAUUAGAACUUUUAUUCUACUAAAAAAAGAAACAGGCUGGCAGCACUUUAAUAUAUCGUCAAAUACUUUGCGCAAUGAAUGAUGUUGGCAACAGUGACGUUUGACACAUAAUUUUGCGCCACUCAUUUAAUAUUGUUGCGUUUUCGUAUUUGUUGAAGAUGGAGAAAUUCCUAAAAAGAAUAUAUACUGCAGAAAACGUGCCUGCAACGACUGAGUCGUCAAAUAAUAAUAAGCCGACAAAAAAGAAAUCUAAGUACAAUCAAAAAUACAAGCAGGAAUGGGAAGAUGGUCGGGAAUGGCUAGAAAAUGCAGACUUUAAAGCAUUCUGUAAAUAUUGCAAAACGUUUCUUGCAAAUGAUGUAACAUUAUUAGACCGGCAUGCUAAUACUAAAAAGCAUAUGAACGCAGUGAACACAAAAGACCAGGCCCGGCUGAAGCAAAUCACCAUUUCGGAAAGUGUUGAAAAAAAUUCAGAAACUACACACCAAUCUAAGGAACUUGCGAUGGUUAUGUACUGUGUGCAACAUUCUCUGCCAUUUACGUUGAUGAAAUCUUAUGUGAAAUAUUAUAUUUAUGUUUGUUAUUAAAUAAAUAAAGCAUAUUUAAGUUUUACCCUAAAUCUACCACUUUUU